GGAGCCAUCAGCCAUGAUUCUAACUUCGCUUGUGUCACCGACCCGUUUACAGGUCAGCAUAAGGGUACGAGGCUCGGAACUCACUUUCGGGCGGCGAAGGCGACGGUGACGACGACGACGGGCGGCGACAAUGGUUUCGCAGCGGUGGGCGUACGUAAGAAUAGUGACGGGUACCAUACUCGGUGGAGUCCUCGGUUUCUAUGUGAUGCACCGUGUCGAAAUCAGCUACAAGGAGAGGAGGAAUGAGGAGAUAAGGAGAUACCAGAACGAGAUGAAAAGGAGGCAGCAGGAAGAACAACAGGCUCACUCCGAGCUCUGGUCGGACUCAUAGAUUUUAGUAAAUUCUGUUACUUUUCCACUACCAUAUCCUUCUAUGGUGUAUUCUACUUAUCCGAACUUUUCAUUCUUUCCUGAACUACGUUUGGAAUUAGUUGAAGCUUGUUUGAUUCCUUAAUUUUUCUUUUCCUGGAAAUUUUUUUUUUCCAGAAGUAAAUUUCUUACUUUUACCUUUCUGUAGUAGUGAAAUUACAAUUUAAGACGGACAAAAAUGGAUGACGCGUAUGAUUUUCUGCUCGGA